AUGCUGGUAGACUGUCGGUGGACGCCAGCACUCUUUUGGGAGGGCACGCCCGACUCCCUAACAGAGCGUGCUCUGGAGAGGGACGUCAUGGCACUUUUCAAGGACAAUACCUUGGAUAUGGCAGGAGGCAUUUGGGUUGCUGAUGUGAGUUUGCUGCUUAUGGCUGCUUGGAGGGCCUCGCUGACGGAUAUUUUCCUUUGGGGUGGGAAUGCGGGGGGCGGGGUAUGCGGUGGGCCUGGGGAAGUGCGGAUGGGUAUGAAUGGGACGGGGGACGGAAGGCUGGGGAAGAGGUCGGACAUGGCCUCGUCGUUUGCAGCACGACAUGGCAGGAGCGACGUGCCCAUACCCACCAGCCGUGCACCCAUCUCGUCGGGCACCACUGUCCGCAGAACCAAGACGCUCACUCGCCCAGAGCGGAGUGUGGCCCCCGUCCCCCUCAUAAAUCCCCCCUCCUCCCUCACCCCCUCCGCCUCUGGCUCCAUCCCCGUCCCUUCUUUUGGCGGUGGUUUCGACGCAUGGCGUCUCUUCUCGCAGGUCAUCACCUUCUGGGCACCCUCCUUUGUCCUCAGCUCAAUAGGCGGUCUGCGCGACAAGACCAUGAUCCAGGCCUGGAGAGAGAAAAUAGCCCUCUGCUUCAUCAUCGUCCUCCUCUGUCUCGCCGUCGGUUUCAUCACCGUCGGAACACAGAAGGUCCUCUGUCCCAGCGACUCGGGCAACAACCCUGCAACGUACUCUACAAUGGGCUCAGUCGCAGAGUCUCUCGGCGUACAGGGCGUCCUCUUCAACAUCACCGCUGCAAAGUCUCCCACAGGCGUCGACUUGUUCCAACUCACCUCCCAGCAGCCAGGCCAGGAUAUCACUCCCUACUUCACUCGCUCAGCCUCAAACUACCCCGCCUGCGACGGACUCAGCUUUCGUGCCGCCCUCGACGCACCCUGCAACACCGCCACGCCCUGUCCACUCGGUCCCCUCAACUCAUCUUCCACUUUCUCCCAGCUGGACAUCCUCAGCAUGUCCCUUCUCGUCGGCUACGACUGGAGCCAAGUCGCAAAUCUCUCAAAUUACUUUGUCAUCGACGGCGCAGUACUCAACAUGGGUCCUUACAUGAGCUUACACCACAACCCCAUCCCAGGCGACGACCUCGACCUCGCCAUACGCACAGUCCUGCGAAACCAAGACCCUUCAAGUGGAAAAGACGGCACCAUGCUAUUUUACGCCAGAUCAGAUAUCAAAUCCGCCAUCCCGUGCCUGACUCAGCGCUACUACGCCGGUAACAUCGACAAAGUCACUCCCGGAUGCUUCAUCUCCUCCCUAUUCUUGUAUGUCGGCCUCAUCGUCAUCCUCUCCCUCGUCUUUGUCCGCUUCGCCAUGGCCUGCGUCUUCAACUGGUUCUUGUCAGAGAGGCUCGCUGGUCCACCCGAUACGAUGCACCUUAACCGGUCCGCGAUCAGUCCGGCCGUGUUACCGGAGGGCGCUAAUAUCUCGAUCGACAACAAAACAGGGACGGCUCCUUGGGCUGGGCCAAAGAAUGGAAAACUCGCAAAGCCUCCAGCCACUAACAACAAAUCCAUGCGGUCUCUCGCCAUGUCUUCGAGCACGACGCUCAUCGCUUCGACCGACAACGCGCCCCCAGUAAUGAGUCUCGCUCAGAUCGGUGCAGAGUUGUUUGCAAUCUGCCUCGUGACGUGUUAUUCGGAAGGCGAGGAGUCGCUACGGACGACCCUGGAUUCUAUAUCGCUGACGGAGUACUCGGAUAGGCGCAAGUUGUUGUUCAUCGUUGCCGAUGGCAUGAUCACGGGAGCAGGCGAAAAGAAGACCAUUGCGGGCCGUAGGACUCCUACUGUGAUCAUAGUCAAAUGUGGAACGGAGGCAGAGGCUUCUUCAGAGAAGAAACCAGGCAAUCGCGGUAAACGGGACAGUCAACUCAUCCUCAUGAACUUUUUCUCUCGUGUCACUUACAACGAUCGGAUGACACCUUUGGAUUUUGACCUAUUCCGAAAGCUUCACGUGCUUAUGGGCGUGACCCCUGAUUUCUUUGAAGUCUGUUUAAUGGUGGAUGCCGAUACGAAAGUGUUCCCCGACUCUCUCAAGUACUUGGUAAACUGCAUGCAUCACGACCAGCUCAUCAUGGGCGUCUGCGGUGAGACGCGUAUAGCCAACAAACGACAGUCCUGGGUCACAGCCAUCCAAGUAUUCGAGUACUUCAUCUCUCACCACCUCGCCAAAGCCUUUGAAUCCGUAUUCGGAGGUGUUUCCUGCCUACCAGGCUGUUUCUCCAUGUUCCGCCUCAAAGCCCGCAGAGAUUCAGGCAACGACUGGGUCCCUCUCAUCACCAAACCAGAGAUCGUCCGCGAAUACAGUCAAACAGAAGUCCACACCCUCCACCAGAAGAACCUCCUCCUCCUCGGCGAAGACCGUUUCCUGACCACCAUCCUCCUCCGUACGUUUCCGAAUCGCAAAAUGUUGUUCUUACCCCAGGCUCGAUGCCGAACGGUCGUUCCUGAUACGUUCUCUGUACUCCUCUCACAACGCCGGCGUUGGAUCAACUCUACUAUCCAUAAUCUCAUGGAACUCGUCCUCGUGCGCAACCUCUGCGGGACGUUCUGUCUCAGCAUGCAAUUCGUCGUCUUCAUGGACCUCCUCGGCACCGUCGUCCUUCCCAUCGCCAUCGGCCUCACCUACAUGCUGAUCGUCAACAUGAUCCUCACACCGCCCAAAACAUUCGAAGAAGCCAUCCCCCUCAUGCUCCUCGUCUCCGUCCUCGGUCUCCCCGCCGUCCUGAUCUUGAUCACGACGCGAAAGAUCGUGUACGUGUUCUGGAUGCUGAUCUACCUCGCGGCGCUGCCUAUAUGGAAUUUCGUCCUGCCCGUCUACGCGUUUUGGCAUUUCGAUGAUUUCUCGUGGGGAGAGACGAGGAAGGUGGAGGGAGAGGCGAAGGGGGAGGGACACGGCGCCGGCGAAGGCGUCUUUGACGGCUCGUCGGUGCCUCUGCGUCGCUGGGAAGACUGGGAGCGCUCUCGGCUCCGAAAGAUCAAACGAGAAGAGAGACGAAGAAGAGAUUUCGAGCGGAUGCAUGGGGGGUACUAUACGGGCGAAAACGACCUGUUGAGCGCGCGCAGGGAUGUGAGGAGCCAUCAGUCGGAAGGCUCGGAUACCUAUUCCGUCACCUCUUCCGAAGACGACCACUGGGGUCCGCAGAUCGGGGGAUACAACGAGUACAACUCACAGUACCCACCUCCGCCCCUCGGCCUCUUCGUCCCCGCAGACACGAUCGAGGGUGGGAAAGUGCUAGACGGCGCAGAGUUGGAGGCGAUGUUGGAGAGUGGGUUUGAGGAUGGGGAGGAGGAGCUGCCGACGACGAUGACGACGCCGGAGCGGACGCCACAGUCUGCGUCGUUUGGCGCGAGAUAUCAGCUUGCGGAUAACGCGUCGGCGCAGCUGUUGAAUGGGUAUGCGCCGUUGACGCGCUCGACGUCGCCUGGUGCCGGCGGGCCUGUGACGCCGACGGCUAUACCUCCCAUGUCUUUCACGACGCCGAUACGCGAUGCAUCACGAGGUGGGGGACGGACGGGGUCUGGAGAGAGGUAUGGGCCGUUGGGUCCGUUGGACCCUGGAGGGAAGUUUUAAGGACUCUGUUUACUCUUUUUCCUUUCUUUCUUUCUUUCUUGUCUUUUCGUGUGUGUCUGUCUCUCUCUCUCUGUGUGUGUGUGUGUGUGUGAGGGGGAUGUGGGUUUGUGUGUAGCUGAAAUCUUAGAAUCGGUACUAUUACUGUUGUUGAUAUCCUCUAUUCCACAUUAUUUUCUCUUUUUGUCCUUUUAUCUUGUCACACUCCUGGAAUAUUUACAGAUUUUUCAUGUGCAUCUUUACGAUAUUCUGGGUGUAUUAGCUCAAGCCCAUAUCCCCCCCCCCCACACUUGCGUAUAUCUGUUCAAGGGUGGACGAUACGAAUGCACUUUCUUGGCAAC